UAGCUGCUGGUACCGUCCGGAUCCGAAAGCCAGCUAUGUUGACAGUAGAAGAUGAAACUAAUAAAGAGAACAAGCUUAACGCCUCAUCCGAAAACAUUGAGCGUUCUGUCAAUUCGUCCAAGACCAUUCUUCCGAAAGACAAUGGCGCUCUAUCCUCAGACGAAGAGAACUUCCACCGAAAGAAAAGAACGGUUUUAGAUGACAGUUCAGAUGAAGAAAAUCAGCUAGUUAUCGACGAAAAUCAGCCGAUGACAUCACCAUCACUAUCUCUUGAACCAAAUCGGGAGAAAUUCUUGGUGGAUAAUAUAGAAUCUGAUAUGGACUCGGAUGCUCCUAUGUUGUCGAAGAACGCUAAAAAAUUUGAUUCAGACAGCGUCCCAACUGACGGCAAAGAAUCGAGCUCAGACAUUGAAAGCUUUAUCAAGAAAAAGAAAAAGAAGAAGUUGAAGAAAUCGCGGAAGAAGAACAUGGCAAAAGAAGAUUUAUUAGAUAAGUCUAAAUUAACGGAUGAUGAAAACGAUGAAUUACUCAAGGAUCUCGAGACAAUGUUAAACGAACCAAACAGCGAACCUGACUUGAAGGAUGUGGGUAACGAGAAGACUGGGUGCAGUGAUUCUGAAAGUGGCAGCAGCGUAGGAAUGCCCGAGGAUACCUACAUCGUUCGAAAAACAGAGGGAACUGAGGAUGUUAAGUCUAAGAAAGAAAAGAUCUACAAAGAUUUUGAUCCUGAGGAUUGGCAGAACGAAGAAGUUAAAGAGAAGGAAUACAAAGAUAGUGAGAAGAAGAAGGGGGAGAAAAAGAAGAAAGAAACUCUUGAUCCUGUUGCUCUGUUGGUCAGUGAGAGACAAAAAAUGAUGAGAGAAUCUGAGAUAUCCCUACCAAGACACGAACCUGUUCCGCUCCAACUAAGCGAUUGCCUGGCCAGAAUUCCCAAACUCACCACUCUUAGACCGACCAGAGUCGAGGAGAAGAAAUCUGCGUUUGUGCCAAAGUUGUCCUCCAAAACCGACGAGUUUUUCCUUCCUAAAGAUUUGGGAAACUUCAUGGGGAGGUUUAAGAAACAUUUGUCACUGUCCUCCAAAGUCAACUUGGACUCGGCACCAAAGAAAUGCAAUCUAAAUUCCUCAAAAAAAAGUACUCCUCAAAGUGUUUUCAUCAAACGAAACAUCCAGCAGGAAUUAAAAGAUAAAAUUCUAGCUAUGAAGAUUGAAGCUAGAAAAGCUGCUGAACAGGAACGAUUAGUUGACGAGGAGUUCAGGACGGAAGAUUCGGAGUACACUGAGCUACAGAAGAUGCUAGAUAAUGACGAGGAGGAAGAAAUGUCCGAGAGUGACGAAGAUCAGAAAGAAGAGGAAGAAAUAUUGGUAGAAGAGGUUGAGAAUGUAGACGAAAAGAUGGACAGAAGAGCAGAGAAGAUCUUGUUAGGAGAGGAAGUCAGUUCUUCCUCCGGAGAAGAUAACAAACAAGUUGAAGUUGAAAGAAAAGAGAGGAAUUAUCACACUGAUACUGAUAGCGACCUGCUGGCGUCAGCUGAUGAAGUCCACGUCAACGAGCUCCCUGCUACUUCCGCGAGUGAAGAUGACGCUUUAGAACCCAGCAGAUACUCUCUUAGGAGACUUACCAGAUAUGUAAGGAAAAAGCGGCUUACCAAAAGAAGGAAAAAAGAAGAAUUAGUGCCUAAAGAGAACUCUGCAAAUAAAGAGCCGGAUUCUGACGAAGAUUCUCAAUCAGUGGAGAAAAUUGAGAAGGCGAAAAGAAAAAUAGAAUCGAUUUUGGAGAAACGAAAGGAAAUAAAACAGAAGAAAGAUGCGAUUAAAGCAAAGAAGGCAAAACUGGAAAAAGAGAAACUAAAAAUGGAAGAAAUAAGAAAGAAAGCGGAGGAGGACGCAAUUCUCGCAGAGGAACAACGGAAAUCCUCAUCUUCACAGAUCAAAAAGACAGCAUCCAAGCCGGCAACAGUCCGAAAACCAUGGCUGUCCGACUCCGAGGACGAGGAAUUGCCAGAGUUUGAAACUGAAGGAGAUGGUCAUAAUACUCCGACUGCUGGCCAAGGGGCCAAACCUGAAAUUCGUUCUAAACGAGACUGGGCGAACGACAGUAUGCUAGAAUUACGUGCUGCUCGAAUAUUAGCGGGCGAGGACCUGAGCAGUAGUUCAGAGGAAAGCGGUGAACCCCAGAGAAAAUACCACUCCGACACUGACAGCGAUUUGCUAGCGUCAGCUGAUGAAGUACACGUGAACGAGCUCCCUGCUACUUCCGCGAGUGAAGAUGACGCUUUACAGCCUAGCAGAUACUCUCUCAGGAGACUUACCAGGUACUGUAGAAAGAAACGAAUAGCAAGAGAAAAGAGGCAUGUGCAACGGGUAGCAAUCGGUUCUGAGUCGGAAAAGGAAGAGAAAGCGAGAAGAAAGUUGCAGGACAUAUUGAAGAGAAGGGAAGAAAUCAAGAAGAAGAUUUAUCGGAAGAAAACCCAGAAAAGGGAGGAUAGCUGUACUAGUAUACAAGAUUUGUUUGGAGGUAGCGGUGGCUUAUCUCUAACUGGAAUCAGUCGACCAUCAGAUAGUCAAUCUCUCCCCAGUGCCUCCAGAGAUUCAGUUCACAUCUCGAGUACGAUCAUACCCGAUAGUAUGGACACGUUACCCAUUAGCGAGAAAACCUUCGACGUUGAUACCGCUGUCCGUAACGUAGUGGAGGACUCUCAAUACUCUGGAAAGAGUUCCUCUAACUUUCUCCCUCCCGACGAGGACGCUGUUUUUCUGGACACUCAGGGAAUGCUACGUAGUGGUCUUGAUAUCAGUGGUGAAGGAGGAAUAGACGCUCUCGCUGGAGACGGUUCCCUGCUCGACAAUUCCAUGGACCUGCUAAAUCUCUGUUCAGGACGCUUUGGGUCGUCAGCUGCGGAUAGUGGAGGUUUUGGGGGCACGGCCCCCGAUAGUGGAGGUUCGGGGGGCACGGCCCCCGAUAGUGGAGGUUUUGGGGGCAGGGUUACAGUUCAGGAUAUCAGUUUUAACCUGGCUACUUCUCCCAGCCUAGUUGGAUCUGGACUAUCCCAAACACCAAACCAUUCCAGAACACCCUCUUAUAAAAACCGGACACCACUUCCAAACGGUGACCCGGAACAAACUACACUUUUUAAGGGCGGCACGGAUCAGACACCUCUGAGAAAGGGGCUGUCUCAGACACCUCUGACCAGGUUUGGUAACCUUGCAGGGUUACUGAGUCAAGAGAGUGAUGAAGAGGAGGAACAUGUCUCUAGUAAAGCCAAAGGAAAGAAACGUCGAGCACUGUAUUCUGACUUACUUGACAAUGAAGCUGAAAAGAGUGGUUCAGAUCACAGUGAUGAUGAAAACGAAGAGGACCAUGAUGAGUAUGACAAGAGUAUGAUGGCGAAGGACUCGGAACUGCCCUCGGACGAGGAAGAAUUAGCCGCCCAGCUGAAACUAGCCUACCAUGACCAGCAGGCGUUAGAUGAGAAGGCGCAGAUUAAACGGCUCAAGGAGAGAUUCAUUCAGGAGGAGCAAGGAUUUUUUAGGACUCGUAAAUUCCACGGCGAAGAUUCCAACAUGGAUUUAUUUUCAACAAACCUUGGACUCGACUUCGAGGACGAUAAUGUGGAGACGAGUGCUGAAACAUAUAAGGAGGCUAUGGAAAAGCGAACUGAACGGUUAAAAAGGGAGCAGUUUGUUAAAGAAAAGCGCAUAAAAGAGGCUAGCAAAAUGAACAGGGUUGAUGAGGACAGUCAAGCGUUUCUCGACACCCUCCAAGACAUCACCGACUCAAAUUCCAGAUCUGCUUUUUCCUCGAGUCAGCAAUGCGGUAGUUUCCUCAAGCACACAACCGGGACUCUGUCCCGACUAUCCAGCGUUACCUCGUCCUCCCUGAAUUCCGAUAAAACCAGCAACCGGGCGUACGUGUUUCAGACUGUUAGUCCGGGGCAGACCAAGAGGAAGAGCAGUGGCAAGUUUGCAAGUGAGCCGAAACGUCCCAAAAAAUUCACGAGUUCUGGUGUGCCAGCCAGCCCUUCAGCAGACAGCAGUAAACUUAAGAGUAUCUUCAAUGUUAUCAAAUGAAUUACGUCAUCAAACUAAUUAUGUAAUCAAACUAAUUACGUAAUCAAACUAAUUACGUCAUCAAGUGAGAGUUUUAAUCUUGACACACAGCGGCAUUCGAAUUGCAAAUGGAUCAAGACAGUUUUUACAUCAGAAAAUGGGAGUUUUGUUGCACUUGAAGCAGAAGAGGGUCGCUCACAUAAGACGUCAGCUGCAGCCUAGAAGGAGCGGGGUUCGGACAAUUUUACGCUAAUGUAAUUUCUACAUAAUGAAAAUGUCUACGUCAUAAAAAAGGUUGCAGAGAAACGAGAGUGCUCUUAAAUGGCCAAUCUAUGGCCUACGUAAACAAUCUUUUAGAUUGUUUUCCUUCAUAUUGGAACAUUUUAUGACUGUUAUUCGAGCCUUUUUCAUAGUUUUGUUUGUAUAUCAGAUUAACCUGAUUAAGUAGUCGCAAAUUUCUGUGUUUGAUACCGAAUACCGAUUACCGAUAGACAUUUUCCACUCUGAUGUACGACAAUGUCAAUGGACAACCACGAUCAGUGUCAGUAAAAUGGUACGGAUCCAUAUAUAUCGUCUCGCUUUAUAUAUAGUAUGAUAUGACUAUGUCAAUCGAGCAAAUUGGAAUAUAACUUUAUGAGCAG